GACCACUAAAUGUUGAUAAGCAAUACAUUAAUUGAUCAUCUACUCAUCUAAUAGAUUAAAAGAACAUGGUUUCCUACUUUAGUUAAGGUAUAAAACUAAUAAGAAGCGCGGCUGGAGUAUUCAAUUGGAUCUGAAAUUCACAAUGAAAGGAAUAAUUAUAUUAUUGGUCAUCGUGUACGCGGCCGUGGGGCGGGCCCAAUUAGAAGAAUGCCCGAAAGAGCAGGAAUCAAAUUGGGAAAUUGAAUGGUUGCUCAGACACGAGGAUUGUGAAAAAUUCUAUAAAUGUACAUUCGGCAAGCCCGUUGAGAUGAGUUGCCCGUCUAAUCUUUGGUUUAACCUGGACACAUGGCGUUGUGACUGGCCACAAAAUGUAGAUUGUGAGGACCGUAAUAUUCCAACAACGACUUCGUCAACUACUUCAACAACAACUAUAACUCCGCCUCCAACGACCGAAUCAACUACGACGUCUACGACGACUACAACGACUACGCCUCCACCGACUACAACGAGUACUACGACUACGACAACUACGCCUCCACCGACUACAACGAGUACUACGACUACGACAACUACGCCUCCACCUACUACCACGAGUACUACGACUACGACAACGACAACUACACCUCCACCGACUACAACGAGUACUACGACCACUACGACGACAACGCCUCCACCGACUACAACGUCUACGACCAGUACGACGACAACGCCUCCACCGACUACAACGUCUACCACGACUACGACUCCAUGUCCAACCACACCCAGUACCACCACCACCACCACUACCACACCUCCAAUUGAAAUACCUGACGAGUUCUUGCCCAAUGGAUGCCCUGUGAACCCUCGUAUCCACUGGCUGCUGCCUCACGAAACUGACUGUAAUGCCUUCUACUACUGCGUCUGGGGAGAACUGGUGUUGAGACACUGUCCACCUACUUUACAUUUCAACAGAAAGAUUCAGGUUUGCGACUGGCCUUGGGCUGCCGGAUGCCCAAACUCGCUCCACAAACAUUUGAUAUCCAGACUGUUACUGAGAUAAACCUGAUGAUCACAAUAACUAAAACCGAUUGAAAUGAGACAUUGUUAUAAAUAAAAUCAAAUCAAACUUUAAUUAAA